GUGACCCCGCCCGGUGCCGCCCGGUGCCGGCGGGCAGAGGCGGCGGCAGCUGCGCCAUGGGGCCGCCCGAGGAGGUGCGGGCACGGCUGGCGCGGUGCGGGCAGAGCCACCUGCUGCGCUUCUGGCCCGAGCUGGGCCCCGAGCAGCGCCGGGCGCUGCUGGCAGCGCUGCCGCCGGGGCUGGGCGAGCACUGCCGGCUGGCGGCGGCGGCCGGGGCCCGGGGCCCGCCGGAGCACCUGGACGGGCGGAUGGAGCCGCUGCCCGCCCGGCUGCUGGGCAGCGCCCGCCGCAGCGGCGCCGCCGCGCUGGAGCGCUGGGAGGCGGAAGGCUUGCAUCAGAUCGCGCAGAACAAGGUGGCAGUGCUGCUCCUGGCUGGCGGACAAGGAACUCGCCUGGGAGUGAGCUAUCCCAAGGGCAUGUACAACGUGGGGUUGCCCAGUGGCAAGACCUUGUAUCAGAUCCAAGCAGAAAGAAUCCGCAAAGUGGAGCAGCUCGCUGGCCAGAGACACCACUGCAAGUGUGCCAUCCCCUGGUACAUCAUGACCAGUGAGUUCACGCUGGCACCGACAGAGGAGUUCUUUGUAGAACACAACUACUUCAACCUGGAUAGAUCCAACGUGGUCAUGUUUGAGCAACGGAUGCUGCCCGCUGUCACCUUUGAUGGGAAGGCCAUCUUGGAGGAGAAGGGAAAAAUUGCUAUGGCUCCAGAUGGCAAUGGUGGCUUAUACCGUGCUUUGGUGGAUAAUAAGAUCUUGGAUGACAUGAAGCAGCGUGGAAUCCAGUAUGUCCAUGUAUACUGUGUGGACAAUAUCCUCGUGAAAAUGGCAGAUCCAGUCUUCAUAGGCUUCUGCGUUUCCAAAGGGGCAGAUUGUGGUGCAAAGGUGGUGGAGAAAGCCUACCCCACGGAGCCUGUUGGGGUGCUGUGCUGUGUGGAUGGGGUCUACCAGGUGGUGGAAUACAGUGAGAUCAGCCUGGAGACUGCACAGCAGCAAAGCCCCGAGGGGGGACUGAUGUACAGCACUGGCAAUAUCUGCAACCAUUUCUUCACAGUCGAGUUCCUGGAGGCAGUGGCCCAGAAAUAUGAACCACAGCUGAAGCAUCAUGUAGCCAUAAAGAAGGUGCCCUACAUUGACGAGGAGGGAAAUCUGGUAAAACCGCUAAAACCAAACGGGAUAAAGCUGGAGAAGUUUGUGUUUGAUGUGUUCCAGUUCUCUAAGAAUUUUGUGGCAUUUGAAGUUUUGAGAGAAGAGGAGUUCUCACCACUGAAAAAUGCAGACACAGCUGACAAAGACACUCCUACCACUGCUCGGCAAGCCCUCCUGGCCCAGCAUUACCGUUGGGCUCUCAAGGCUGGGGCCAGAUUUCUGGAUGAAAAUGGUUGCAGGACACCAGAGAAACUCAGUCUCUCAGGAACUGAAGAUCCUCCGGCCGUGUGCGAGAUUUCUCCAUUAGUGUCUUACUUUGGAGAGGGUCUGGAGGCGUACAUGAAGAACAAAGACUUCCCUUCUCCCUUUGUACUUGAUGAAAACAAAGCAGCAAUGCUAGGAAAUUCUUGAAGAGGAGGGAGGCCUUUCCCCCUCAAAUCAGAUACCUGUCUGUCAGAUCCAUUAUAAGGACUGACGUCACUGAAAUUGUCAGCUAUGAAGUGCAUUAUAUUAAAAAAAAAAAUAUUGCUUUGCAGUAUUGGAUUGAUGCCAGAUCCUUGCAGCAGUUGUGUUUACACACAUGUGUGUGCUCACCAGUUCUGUUUGGUAACUUUGAAGGCUAUGCCUUUUACCUCAGUCUGUUCUGUAGACUUGGAUUUGAAUGAAGAUUAAUACCUUCCAGGUACCAAACAGAUUUUAUAUUUCUUAUUUGCUGCGCAUACAUGUAUGUAAAAGAGCCAGUCAGGGUGGUAAUAAACCAGCUUUGCAUUCAAGAUUAAAUCUCUUCAGUGCCUUGUUAGGUAUCUUGUUUGUGCUGCUUGGGGUGGGUUUUUUGUUGUUUUGGUUUUUUUGUUGUUUUUUAAAAAUUGUGUACACAGCUGAAGAAUCAGUUUGAGGUCCCAUCCUGAAAAUUACAGAAUGACUUUGUGUACUGGGGUCUUUCUCUCCAGAGAUCCGUCUUUUCCCUAAUCCUAUGCUGGUUAGAAGAUUCAAUUCUGCAAUUGUGUCCUCUAACCAGAUCACGCAGAGGAGUCUGCUGCAGGUAGGGAUGCUGCUGUGUGUAAGCAUUGCUUGAAGUUUGGACUCCAGAGCAGAACAGACUAGUUAGUAUGUCUAGGAACGCUGGUGCCAUUCCAAGAAAACAUAACCAUAAACAUAUGCAGCUUAGACUGGUUGCUCUUUAGAGCUCUAGUGACCUGGGUUUUUUAAUUAAAAAAAAAAAGGCGAUGAGAAAUUUUUUUCACAACCCUCUGCUCUUCCUAUCUAUAACAAUCAUUUAUAUACUUUUCAUUUUUCUGUUUAAUGUAUGCAAUAUACCCUCAAAGGGGACUCUCUUAAAAAGUACCUGAAUGUUAAUAAGAGGAACAAAUCCUGAUGGCAGAAUUUAAUGCUUAACCAAAACAACAACCAAAAAGACUUAAUCCCAGCAUAACUGGUGUACACAGUGAAACACCAGCCUCUGCUUCUACAGUUUCUGGCUAGCAGUUUUCCAGCACUUUCACCUAUGAAAUAAUUCUUUAGAUGCCUUCCUUUUAAAUAUAUUACCAUAAUGUAAAGAUAGGUGUUAGCUAAUUAAGGACGUUAAUUGUCAGAACAUAUGUAGCAUGUGACCUCAGCCCUGGCCAAGGGAUCCCAGGGUGGCUGUGAUCCACAAAUGAUGGUUCUUGUUCAGCCUUUGGACAUUGCCCUGGGCAAGCUCGUGCCAUUCGGGCUCCUGCCUGCUGUAGGCACUGAACACACCAAAGUCAUCUCACCCUUAAUGAGGAUGCUUCAGGUGCACUGCUGGGUGGCCUUUGCCUGAGGAGCACUCUGUACUUUUCCCCUAAAUCAGGUGUUAAGGAAGGUGGUGAGGAAGAUGCCUCAUCUGGAGUGUUAUUGCAUGCAUGUGCUUCUACUGAGGAAUUGCUGAUGUUAUUUUAUUAGGCAUAAAUCUUUUUAAUAACUUCUGUGGCUUUCUGUAAUUCCUGAGGUGAAGCUGUGUUCAGAAUAUUGGGGAAGUAUAAAAAUGUCUUUGGGAGUAAAUACAGUGUGUACUUCAGUUCAUCUUUUCCAAAGCAAGCAUCUAAAUGUCGAUGGCAGAGUGUAUCUGUGUGCACAUCAGCAAUGAAUGUUUUGCACAUGCAAACCAGCUAAUGACAGUUUUGAUUACCUCAGUUUGCACGUGCAGCCAGGAAUUCCCUUUUUUAGUAUAAAUUAAGCAUUUGUCCUUGAAUCCAAUUCUGUAAUUCUUUUCACAUGGUGUUUCUAUGGGUCAUUCCAUUCCUGUCAGUCAAGUUUUAUAUUGGAGAACAAAUUGUGUUGUAUCUUUGUGAGUAUUGCUUGUUGAUUCAGGCACAUGCUUGUUUUAAAUUGCACUGUGCUAUAAAGAAAGGAUGUUUCUUUUGCUCUUCCUAAAAUGCUUUCUCUUUUGAAACUUUGGUUCCCAUGUGCCUUAAUCAUGUGUACACUGCGCUGCUGACAUGGUUUUUAGAGGUUGUUUUCAAGGAGAAGCUGAAUUAGAAUGCUGAAUGCCUUGUCUGUUGGGUUUUUUUCUAUGACAGCUCACAUUUUAAACUGGAACAUAGAAAAAACGUUGAGAGAACUUAAAAAAAGAAUAAAAUCUCUGUGUAACAAAAUAAUUCUGGUAUGCAUUAUGAAAUUUAAAAAGUACCUGAAACAAAGGGAGGUCCUAUAGUACUCCAGAAACUUUUGGACACUUAAGCAUUUUUAUAAUAAAGAUGUUACUGUGA